AUGGUGAAGAUUCACGUUCUUCAGACGGCCGCACUGGUUGCGUGUUCGCUGCUCCCAGAGCUCGUUUCUUCUAUGGAUGCCUCUGCGGCAGCCGCUGGAGCCUCUGGAGCCAGCGCCCUCCAGACGGCCGAAGCUGCUUAUCCUCCCUGUGCUCUCGAGUGUCUCGCAAGGCUCAUACCGCAGUCCGCGUGUGGGGCGACGGACGUUGCCUGCCUUUGCACCAACGUCCCUCUCAACAACAACAUCACUGUCUGCGUUUCUCAGGGUUGCAGCCUUGUCGAUGAGCUAGCAACCAAAAAUGCCUCUCUCACAAUGUGUGGCGCCCAUGUCAGGGACAAAACUGGCAUCCCGGGUUUGGUGGGCGUGAUUGGUGGUGCCUUUGCGCUGCUCACUUUUUUUUUUCGUAUGGUCGUGUGCUCGCCGUGGAUAGGACGCAUAGCGGGUUGGGAUGACUACACGAUUGCGGCCGCUGUUGCGCUGACCGUCCCGCCGACGGUCUUUUCGGUCUACCUUGGGGAGAAUGGUCUCGGAAAAGAUAUUUGGACGCUUCCUUUGUGGAAGAUCGAGAACGUUCUUUUUUACUAUUACCUCGGGGAGCUUUUCUAUGUCACCGCUCAAGCGAUGAUCAAGUUGUCGCUUCUAUUCUUCCUCCUUCGAGUGUUCCCUGAUUCAAAAUUCCGGAUUGCCUGCUGGGUCAUCAUAGGCCUCACCGCCGCCUACGGAUUCACAUUUUUCAUGGUAACACUGUUGCAAUGUUACCCUAUCCCCUACACCUGGCUCCAGCUGGACGAGACUCAAAAUGGGAAAUGUAACAACGAGAACAUUCAGGGCUGGUUGAGCGCCAUUAUUAACAUAAUUCUUGAUCUGAUCAUUCUGGUGCUGCCCCUAAAGCGAUUGUAUUUGCUGAAUAUGGGGUUAAAGAAGAAGAUCCUGACCAUGUGCAUGUUCGGCUUGGGCGUUUUCGACACAAUUGUUAGCAUCGUUCGCCUUCACUCCCUCAUCACCUUUGCCAAUUCCGAGAACAUCACCUGGGCCUACCUUGAUGCCGCGUACUGGAGCACUAUCGAGCUCGACAUCGGCAUCAUCACCGCCUGUCUUCCUGCUGUGCGCCUCUUCUUUGCCAAGCUGGGUGUUAUGAAUCUGGCUUCGACGCAUAAGUCCAUCAAUUCGCGGUCGUUCGUCAACACUGGGGACAGCAGGGAACCAAUAUCGGAAAGCAAGAGGCUGCAGCAAGCGCUCCGGUGCGGCGACAAUUGCGACUUCAUCCCGCUGGUAGAUGUCGAGUCUGGAAAGUCCGACAAGAGUUGGCUACGACUGGCCCCGCCGGCGCCCGGGACGGGCACCACAGAAAACGGGCAUUGUGCAGGAUGA